AUGGAUGCUGCCCAGCUCGAGAAUGAUGAUGAAUUUACUAUGGUUCUUGAGCUUCUUGAAACCGACCCUCUCUUUGAGAAAAAGAAGAAAGUGCUUCAGGAUGUCGGUCUUGAUCCAGAAAGUUCAGUGCGUGUCGAAAGCUUCUCUACUGCACAACAAAUGAAGGAUGUCUUAGAUGUAUUGGUUAAACGAGCGAGAAUCAUAAACUUCAAUGAGGUGGAACUCUACUUUGGAGGAGAUGUUAUAAAUUUGGGGGAUUGUAUUAGUCCAAGAAACGAACUGGAAGCUCUCCACUCUGUUCUUCGUGUCGUUGAUAAGUCACUAUUUGGUGAAAGUUACAAAAUAAAUGAUAUGAAGGAGAAAUUAAAAGAAGAAAUCAUAAAUAGGAUCAAUGGAUUUGGGAAGAUAUAUACUGAACAAACAAAAAUAAUUGGAGACUUCAGCUGUGGAAAAGAAAAGGAUCUGUUAGAUUGGGGUGUCACUAAUGGCGUAAAAUCGAAGCUGGACAUAGCAUACGUUGAAGGAGCAGGAAGAGGAGCAAUAGCGAGGGAGAACCUAAAAGUUGGAGAUAAUGCUCUUGAGGUCCCUGUAUCUCUCAUCAUAUCCGGGGAUCUUUUGAAUGAAUCUGAUAUGUUUCCUGUGCUUGAAAAUAUUUGUGGGAUAUCUGAGGAGACUAUGUUGCUCCUGUGGAGCAUGAAGGAGAAGUACAACAAGAAGUCCAAAUUUAAUUUGUAUUUUGAUACUCUUCCCGAAAAAUUUAACACAGGAUUGAGCUUCGGUAUCGGUGCUCUCAUGGCCUUAGAUGGAACCUUGUUGUUAGAAGAGAUUGUGCAAGCCACAGAGCACCUGCGGAAACAAUAUGAUGAGUUAUUUCCAACAUUAUCAGAGAGAAAUCCUGAGGUAUUUCCACCAGAGUUAUAUACAUGGGAGAACUUCUUAUGGGCCUGUGAGCUAUGGUACUCUAAUAGUAUGAAACUCAUCUUCCCUGAUGGAAAGCUAAGGACCUGCCUAAUUCCUAUAGCUGGCUUUCUCAAUCACUCGACGUGCCCUCACAUAAUGCAUUACGGCAGAAUUGAUGCCACGACAAAUUCCUUAAAGUUUCCUCUAUCAAGACCAUGCUAUUCGGGUGAACAAUGCUAUCUUAGUUAUGGACAUUUCUCCACUUCUCAUCUGUUGAUUUUCUAUGGCUUCAUACCACGAGGCGACAAUCCCUAUAACAUCAUUCCACUCGAUAUUGAUGUUGCUGGGGAUGAAGAAUCUGAGUUUGUUGCACGUCCAUCUGAAUGGAGCUCGCACAUGGUGCGUGGAACAUGGCUCUCCAAGAACCACAAUAUCUUUCACUAUGGUUUGCCAACUCCAUUGUUGGAUCAUCUACGUGGGGCCAGAAAUUUAGCCAGUCCAUCAAAAACCCUGACACGGGAGCACCUGGAAACUGACAUCGAUGUUCUUAGAGACCUGAGAUCUACAUUUGAAGGGAUGAUGGAUGGUCUACAGGAUGAAAAUCCGGAUGACGGGGAAAGCGCUAGUUGGGAUGUAAAGCUUGCGAUUGAGUUCAAGAAUUGUCAAAGGCGGAUUAUAUCCUCGAUCAUAACUUCAAGUGAUGCCGGUUGUGAGUUGUUACAAUCUGAAUUGCGCAAAUAUACAGCAGUUUAG